GAAGAGCUCCUUCAGACUCCUGGCUGUUUCUGAGGUGUACAUUUAGUGGACAGGAUGCCUCGUGAGCGACCUAUUUACAGUGACUUCUUCUACGAUCCUCUGACUGAAGAUGUGGAGGAACUACUUGCUCGUUUCCAGCAGUCGGACUCCAUCAGGUACGAGUACUUCUCCGCCGCUUGGAGGCAGAUGGGCUUCUCCGACGUUUUUAUAGGCAUCAUCGGUAUGGCUGAGCAGAAGAGGUUCUGCAGAGUAACCUUAGCCACGGCUGUGAAGUACUUCUUGCCUCCAUACAGCUACCAGAUCAGGGUGGGAGGCCUUUAUCUGAUGUUUGGUUUGUACAACACACAACUCGCCGUCCCCCCUGUGCCGAUUAGACUCGCCCUGGGGGACUGGGACAUAAUCCAGAAGUUUCUCAAGGACUCAGUGAACUCAGGGCAUCAAGAUGUGGUGUACAUCUAUCACAAGCUUGUUGCCGCAAAAGCCAUUCACUUCACCGCCAUGCCGCACUUUCUCUCCUUCCUAAAGCUGAGGAAACGAAAGCAGAACAACGUGUGUGCAGAGUUUAUUGGGAGGUCCAUGGCCGUGCAGGAGCUCUUCUCCGCAGACAUCCUGGAGGAGGUGAGCAACAUUGAGAGCCAGUAUGAGAAGCUGAAGGAGAACACGGUGGCGGUCAGGUGUGAGGCCUCCAUGACCCAACGAGACUUCACCGCUCGCCUGAAGGACUGCAUGAUGGAGUUCAUCACCUGGCAGCAGAAUACCUUCUCACAAGCAGAGGCGGAUAACAAAGGUGGCGGUGGAGAUGAGGAUGAGGAUGAGGAGGAAAGGGACUAUAAGGCCAGCAGCAGCAGAGCCAGACUCAUCUCCUCCAUCAAGCAGAAGAGCUACAGCAACUUCCAGGAGGCGCCGAAGGCCCGGAGGCACCGGCAGCCGGAGAAGCUGAAGGUGGAGUCCUCCAGCUCGGGAUCAGAGCAGCAUUAUGAGUCUGGGAGGAAGAGGAGGCCUCCUUCUCUGAGGGCUCGGACCUGGAAGAGUCUCGGGGUGACGAAGGACGAGAGCCGGGUGCAGGUCUGGCUCCUCAGCGCUCCGGAGCAGAAGGAGAGGGUGCCGGUGAAGAGGACCAAGCAGACACCACCCUACAAAGAAUGAUGGGAAGGGAGGAAGUCUUCCAGCUGCAACCAUGUGUUCUGUUUGUUUGUUUGUUUGUGUUCUUCCAGGUUAAAUAAAGUUAUUUUCAAUUGGAAAAUUACCUUUUUUGUUUGACCCAUUUGUGGCCAUAACUGAUAUAUGUGUUAUGGCCACAAAUGGGAAGAGUUUU